AUGAACUUUCUUCAAGGUCUACGGGCACCUUCACCGACUGUCGCCGCUAUCGUCAACAGUCCGGCUCAUCCGUCUCAUCUUCACACCGAACCUUUCGUCACAAACGAAUCACUCGCUAGGAGGAGUCUUCUACUACACCACGAGGCUACUCGUAAAGAAGCAGAUAUGUUGCUUUUACACACAACUGGAAGUGUUAAGAUUGGCGAGAUUUUGCGCUACAAGGUAACAUAUUACCCAUCGCGUGACCGAAUACUACCUCUUCCUACGUCUCUACACCUUCGAAUUAAGAACACGGAAGCUAUACCUCUCCGAGCCGCCUACCUCCACGGCCCCUUUGUCCUCUAUUGCUCCGUUAAGUCCGAAAACUAUGAUCACUGGUCACCCGUUAUCAAUCCCCGAGAAGAAGGUGGAUACCCUGAGUUUGAACCGAAUCUCAAAGCUGGCAGCACUUGGGAAUGUGAGCUGCCAGUUCCUGCGACAAUGAGGAGAGAGGUUAUGGCUAGAGAGAGAGAACGAAGGGCGAACCCUGGACACAGGAUUGGAGAUCGAGUUGGAGGCACGAACAAGGAAGAAGAAAAAGUCACUUGGAUUAUCGAAGUUAUUUCGCAAAUGAUCUUUUCAGCAUCAGCCAAAACAAACUUUGAUUUGGCGAUUGCAAGAGAUGAGAGAUCCCUGACUAUCUACGGUACCGGGUUUGAGCAAGGAACCUUUUCAAAUGCGGUUGAGUUUUCAGUAAUGAAUACACAACAACUUUGGAACCUACCUCCUUUCCCCGGAGAACAACAGAGUAAGCUGGUGUCUAGCGGGAAAGGGUUUAAGAAGGAGCGAAAGACAAAUAAAGGACCUAAGAAGGUGCACUUAGUCCUGAUAACGCAUGGGAUUCAUUCCAACUGCGGAGCCGAUAUGCUUUUCGUGAAAGAGUCCAUUGACAAAACUACAAAGGAGUUGCGUGAAGCUCGAAGGCGGAAACGGCGGCAGGGCAAGGAACCGGAAGAGGUGGAUAUAGGGGUCGCAACCGGCGACGUUGAACAAGUCGAAGAGGAUGAAGAUUCGGAUGACGAUGACGAAGAGCAAGUCAUAACCCGAGGAUUCCACGGUAAUGUUUGCCGGACUGAGAGGGGUAUCAAAUAUCUCGGGAAGAGACUGGCACGAUUCGCAUUUUCCUUAGCAUAUCCAGAUCGUCCCCUUCCCACGAGCUUGAGGAACCAGAAAACUAGUGGACUUUGGCGAAGCUCUACUAAUGACUUGCAUGAACCUAAUCCUAAUGCAGGGUACAAGGUCACAAGCAUUAGUUUCAUCGGUCAUUCUCUUGGUGGUCUGGUACAGACAUACGCAAUAGCAUAUAUCCACGCUCAUGAUCCAAACUUCUUUACAGAAAUCCAACCGAUCAAUUUUGUAGCGCUUGCAACUCCAUUCUUGGGAUUGUCUAACGAAAAUCCGAUUUAUGUUAAGUUCGCGCUAGAUUUUGGCUUGGUUGGGCGAACGGGCCAAGAUCUAGGAUUGACAUGGAGGGCACCAAAUAUGGCUACCUCGGCAAUGAGUGGAUUUAACCUAAUGCCUAGUAGCGCUAGUGUUAAGAGUGAGGAGUCGCAAGCACCUGGAUCAAAGCCAUUACUAAGGAUCUUACCGAUGGGCCCUGCACGCGAAGUGCUGGAGCGGUUCAGGAAUCGAACCAUCUAUGCAAACGUUGUCAACGAUGGCGUUGUGCCAUUAAGGACAUCUUGCUUGUUAUUCCUCGAUUGGAAGGGCCUCGGACGAGUAGAGAAGGCCAGACGGGCAAACGAAGGGCCAAUCGGACAGGUGAGCGGCCUGGUAGGAUGGGGCCUAGGGCAGCUUACUAGUGGUAAUAGCACCCCAAGACGCUCCUGGCAGCGUCGCUCAUCAGUCGAUUCGAUCACAAUAGCGGAGAGUGAAUCGAGCGGAAACCAAGUCGGCGAAGCACCCCUAACCAAAGGACCUGUGCAGAGAAGGUAUUCUAAUAGCCAAGAAAUACUACCUUCUCCAAAGCCAGAUCAUCCAGCCCCGACCGCAUUCUCAUCUUUCUGGACCCUCUUUAGACCACAUGCGGGUGCAAGAUAUGAGAAGAAGUUGCAAAGGAUUCUUUCAAGAUCGCAAACAAUCGGGCCCUUGGCUGACGGCAGUGAGCCAAGUUUAUCAAGCUCCCAGACGUCCAACUCUUUCAAGCCUGAGAUCACUGAAAACCUAGCCGACUCACCCUCUACAAUCACGCCAACACCAUCAUCGACAACUUUGGCGAACGGUGAUCUAGCAACCCAAUCAUCGAGCACAAUAAUAGCUGGUUCUUCAAACACUGGUGAUACUACUCCAACGCUCAUAAUAGAUGACCCGACAAAAACAGCAAGAGGCCAGGCGACAGCUGCGGACGAUGGUCCAGACGCUGACAAUUACGAAAAGAUGAUGGCACCACCAAGGACGACUUUAUUGGAAGCAGCUGGUGAUAUCUUAAACCCGCCACUUCCUCCCCUUAGCUUUUUGAUCAACCCGGAGACUCGCCCGAGAACAAUUUUCCAUGACAGAGUCUACCACCCUUCCGAUAUUCCACCAGUCCCUGCAACAACAGCAAAGAAGCAAACGGCUGGUCGGAUAUCCAGAUCUGCCUCCUAUAACUCGGAGACGAGCGAUAUUGCGAGUCCCACGAGCGCCACAACAUCUACCGCUCCUUCAGCAUCAAAAUCGUCAGGGAAUUUGAAUGUUCUAGCCAGUCCAACUUUUUUCAAGGAUGGUUCCCAUUCCCCAACCUAUCCAUAUUCUCCAACCGGAAGCAUCAAGUCAGAGUCCACCGCAGGCAAAAAUUUAAAACCCGAAGAAAAGAUCGCAAGAGCCUUCCACGACGGAAUCAGUUGGAGAAAGGUGCUGGUUCGGCUUGAACCAGAUGCUCACAAUAAUAUUAUCGUCCGUCGAGAGUUCUCGAAUGCUUACGGGUGGCCUGUGGUAAAACACCUAGUUGAAACACAUUUCGGAGAUACGGUUGCGGCACGGUCCCGAGACGAUGAGGAAACGGGAGAGGAGAGGGCAUAUGAUAUUGACACGCCUAUUGCCUCUUCCGGUCACCUUGGGGCCGAGGAUAAAAAGAACCACUGGAAGGGCGGUGAACGUGAAGUUGAAGACGCAUUUCUCCUUGUUAAGGACGAUGAGAGGGAAGGGAGGAGUUCUGGAAGUGCAACCCCCAGGAGACCAAAGGAACGACCAAUGAGCCCUGUGUGGAGUGAUAAAGGAGAUUGCUCAAGCGACAGCGGCGACGAAGAGGAAGACCCAGUCGAGAAACGAAAGCGAGAGGAGUUUGAGGAAGAAAAGCGGAGGAUGGAGGUCAUUGAUAGUUUCUUAGGAAAGCCUCCUCCACCCGGGAAGGGUAAACGCAGGGUCAGUCAUGAUGAAGCAGAUACGGAGGCUAGCGAUAUCCUAGCAGAAGGAAUGACGACAGGCCAAGGGACUGCCACGAUACUCGGAUUAGGGCUUAGUGGUGGACUUCAAACACAGCCCAUAGAACAAGUGAGGAAAAGCUUGGAAGCCGCUCGAAAUAAUGCGGCGAAACAGAAACAUGAAUAA